ACAGGGUUCUCCGGACGCCUCCAGCGCUGUGAAGUCGGAGGAUCUCUCCAGUUCUGGUUUUUGAAGCAGCAAUGCGCAAAGAAGGACGCGACGCUCCAGCGCUUGCUGCGUGUCUGCUGAGAGCUUUUAACACGUUGUCUUUUUAAGAAAGCCACACACCUCUGCUGUCAAUGUCAGCACAGGUAGUUAAGAGGAUCCCGGAAGAACUCGUAGUGCAGGUUACCUGCUUAUUUGCAUAGUUUGCGCUUUUAUUCCAAAGCGAGCGAGCGAGCGCCGAUGGACGUAUUCACUUUCCUCCAAAAGUAGUUUUUUUCCCCCCUCUUAAAGUUGUUGAUUUUAAAGUGAACGGACGGGAAGAAGAUGAAGGAGCUGAGGAAGAAGAAGCUGUACGUGGUGAUGGACGUGCUGUGCGUGUUGGUUGCGGCACUGCCCUUCAUCAUUAUGACCAUCGUUUUCAAGCCAUAUCAAAGAGGGGUUUACUGUGACGACGAGAGCAUCAUGUACCCCGUAAAGCCGGAUACCAUCACCCACGGCAUGCUGGCGGCCGUCACCAUCUCCUGCACUGUCAUCAUUAUCUCCUCUGGAGAGGCUUAUCUGGUCUACAGCAAGAGGAUUUACUCCAACUCUGACUUCAACCAGUAUGUAGCUGCGCUCUACAAGGUGGUGGGUACCUUCCUGUUUGGAGCGUCGGUCAGCCAGUCGCUGACCGACCUUGCAAAGUACACCAUCGGCCGGCCGAGACCUAACUUCAUGGCUGUGUGUGCCCCCAAGGUCUGCACGGGGUACAUGCAGGGGAUCAACUGCACUGGAAAGCUUCAGGACGUCACAGAGUCCAGGCUGUCCUUCUACUCUGGUCACUCCUCUUUUGGAAUGUACUGCAUGCUCUUCCUAGCGCUUUACGUGCAGGCGAGACUGGUGGCUAAGUGGGCCAGACUUCUCCGGCCCACCAUCCAGUUCUUCCUGGUGGCCUUUGCGGUGUAUGUGGGUUACACCCGAGUCUCUGAUUACAAGCAUCACUGGAGCGACGUGCUGGUGGGGCUGCUGCAGGGAGCGCUUGUUGCCGUGCUCAAUGUGCAUUUUGUGUCAGACUUCUUUAAGAAGCGUCCUCCGCGUUGCACUAGGCAGGACACAGCUGAUAGCGAAGAGCCAGAGAGGAAGCCCAGCCUGCAGAUCGCAGACUCAGAGCAUGGAAACCAUUACAACUAUCACCACAAUCCAGGCCCAGUGUGAUAUCUCAUGACAUUCGGGAAUAGAGGCUGCAGCCUGCAGACCCCAAACCUGUGUGAUAGGGUCCAGUUCUGGGGCCCCCGGCCUUGACUGUGCAGUCAACAGUGUUUAGAUAGCCUGGGUCCUGACUCUGUAUGCUGACUCCUGAUGCCAUGUGAGAAGACCCAUGAGUGUGAGUUCAGUUUUAGAGUUUUUAUAUGACUUUUGCAAUCAGCUCUUUGUAUAUCUGUUUGAAAGGAGGGAUCUGGUCUGUAGCUUGCAGCCUCCAAGCCCCCAGCUCCCUCCCACUGCGUCAACCACUCACACCCCACCCACUCCCCAACCACUGGACUGACUGAGGGGGCUGCACCCCAUCUCCAGGUGCCUGAGCCCCCUCUCAAAGACACCAUGAUAACCUCCUUUUCUCCUGUAAGAGAGAGAGGAGCAUAUUGUUUGUAAUGCAUCGUUGUUGAUGUUGAAGCGUACGUGCUUAAGGCUGCAUUAAGCGAAAGACUACGAUAUAGCUAUGACACGCUAAGUGCUGGUGGCUAAUUUGUUAGCAAGCAAGUUACACAGAACCGGAGGAACAUGGGCAUCCCGAUGAGAGGCCUUUCCCACCAAAUGACAAAUGAAGGUCUGGUAUUCGCUCACCUUUAUGGCGACACCUCCUGAGAAAAAUAUGUUCUCUUUGGCUUGACAGCUGCUCGCCGUUUUAUAUAAUCUGUGACUGAGUGUGGUUGGGUUUCAGCUGUAUUGAUUCAAGUAAAACAACCUGAAAGUGCCUGAAACCAGCAGACAUCCAGGCGUGGACAUGUUGAUACUCUCUGGCAGUAGCAGCAGCUCUGUUACUCAGCAGGAGCUCUUUGAUUUCAUGUUAAUAUCUAAUAUAUCGCUUAAUGGAGCUUUAACAUUUUUUUUGUAUUUUUUUGUUUAUUUUAUUUCUGUAUGUAAAGAACCAGAUUUGUUUGCAGUGAGGAAAGAAAUGUAAGAAUGGUAGAUGAAGAAAGACAAGAAUGUUUAUAGACGUUGGUAAGAGCACAGUUUGUUGAUUGAUUAGCUUCACUUUAGUGCACCUUAAACUAGAAGAGUGCUGCAAAUCAUAACAAGUUAAGAGAAUGGCAGCCAGUUUUGCGGUAGAUGAGCUUAUUUUUCUCCAUAUAUCAUGUCACAAAGUGAAAGCGUCAGCCGCAGGCCACCCCAAAGCCGCUUUGAGAGGAGACGUAUGUCGACUUGCCAUACUAGAAGCAACGUUCGGCGGCGGUCCGAAAUCAGCUGACAAUGCAUGUCGGCCAGCUCGUCCAACUGCCACACGAACAGGUCUGGGUAUCUGACUAACAACAUAAUGUUUUUAAAGUCACUAUACAGGCUUGUCGUGCCUGGUGACUCUGCUUUGAUCAGCCCUGAUUCACCUGCACCAGUGGAAUUCAACUCCCAGCAAUCAUUCUUACCGGCAACGCUCGCUGAGUGAAGUGUGAUGUUGCGUCACUAACUAAGUGUGUCAGAUCAGAGUCUGGCUUGUUGAAUCAUCUCUCCAGUGCCAGCUAGUCUGAAUCUGGAUUGACGAGUACCGAUGCUGAGUCAGUCAUCUUGCUUUUCUAAAACGUGUAAAUGUAAUCGUGGAGAUUGUUAGUGAUUGGUGUUCCCCCUGUGUGAAAUGGACUGCAGAGGUAGAAACCAUUGAUGCAGACGGCUUUGCUUCCUGUUGGACUUUAUGUGUCAUACCACUACUAUAUCGCCAAUCAAAUGUUAAGAAAUUUGGCCUCUAUCCUGUCUCCUUUUUUUUCCUGUUUUAAUGUGUUUUAAUUUCUCAAAUAAUAACAACCAACGAAGGAUGAGACGACCAUUUCGAAAAUGGUGUUUAAUUUAUUUUGAAUAAAAGAAGUUCUUUAUUUACUCGUACAAGGUUGGAAAUGCUGGCGCUGUUAAGGUUUUUGUGCAAUCACCCCCGCUUGCCACUAUGAGCCACAAAUACUGUACAUACUAAUGCUAUGAGACAUGUUUCAUGUUGCGUGAAGGAUGUAUAGACAUGCUUGUGUGUUUUUAUUGCACAUGUAGGUACAUUUUUAAGUUCACCUGUACAGCGUGCUUUGGUCCGUGCCUUCUCAGACUGGUGCCUGUUAGAGUUGCCACACAAAUGGAUCCAAUUCCAGGUCCAAACAUAAGCCAGAUGCCUUGGCAGGGCUUUUAAAGGGCUGUUGUAAUGAUAAAGGGUUACAUACCCGACUGUGUUUUUGAAGCUAGUAACACUGCUCCCUUCCCACUUCAAAGAUUCGUCUGUGUUCCUUUUCCCCUUCCUGUGCUGAUAAAUGGGGUUAAUUUGUGAAUACGGUCUCCUGCACAGUUCGUGUACAGCAUGCAGACCCCUGGAGGACUGACGAGAUCAGACAGACCACAAACCUGAUGGGAGGGGCAGGAAGACAGAGAGAAUCUCACCUGGUAGUCAUUGUGAAGCCCCGAAGCUGAGCUGGGACUGGAGAAAGGCCGGGUACUUCAGGGGGCGGGCUGUGGGGGUAUCCCGUGGUGAACCUCGGCCCCUGGGGUCUUCUACACUUUUAAAGCACAGAUUUAUAACAAGAAACAGCUGGACCUGGUUGCGGUGAAGUGCUGUGCUCACCCCCUCCCUUGCUGCCUACAUCUAAAUCAUCCGUGUAUUACUGCAGCCAGACUAAUCGCCCAAACGAGGAUGAGGAUGUUGAAACGACAUGGUGUUUGAUUCCCCUCCAGCUUCACGAAAACAACGGUUCUCAGCUGGUGAUGUGGCUCCAUGUGUUAUUAUGCUUUAUUGAGUUAGUCCUGUAAAGGAGGCACCGGUUGGCCAAUCUCCUGUUCAUAUGUCAGCUUGUAUGAUUCAUGUUCAUCUAGACUCCAAACCAGAGACUUUUAAAUAAAGAUAUAAU